CCUAAAUUGAAUCGCCGUUCACUUUGUAACAUAGAAACUGUUGUCACGGCUUCGACCUCAUCGUAGGUAAGUCGAAGUUCCCUUUGUUAUCUAAUUUCUAUUGACUUUGUUAUAUAAAGAUAUAUAUUGUUGUCUGAUCUGGAACUGUCGACAUGUUAUUGAUUAUCCACUCUCCCUCUUAUUACUCUUCUAGAAUUAUGGGUUUCCGUUUUGCAAUAUAAUCAUAGAUUUGGUUGGUCGCUUGAAUCCUUAAUACCCAAAACAUAGAUUUGCUAGGUCCUAGAAAUUGAAAUUGAAAAACUUUCUGGUUGGUUGGAGUAUGGUACUAAUACCGUGGUCAAGAUUAUAUUUUAAAAAUAUGGUUGAGCGUAAAAAACUGAUAUUUACUUUUAUGUUUUUCUUGUACAUGUAUUCUUCUUUUUCGUUACUGCCAAGAUUACAAAAGAUAAUGAUUCUAAAUUUGUGAACAAAGGUGGAAACUCCUAAAGGUUUUUUUUUUUUGUUCAUGUUUGAGGUUUAACUUAUUUUGGCUGCUACUUAAAAUUAACAUCAUUCGUCAUUUUGGCCCGAGGAGCUGUAAAGUUUUUUUGUUUCUCGACCAUUACGCAAAACAACCCCGGAAAUGAGAAAGGCAUUGAGUUGGGAUAUCAAAAACUUCUCGAAAAAGAUCGGUAAUAUCCAGUCGCCUCCCUUCUCAAGCGGCGGCUGCAAAUGGCUUGUUACGGUUAAUCCCAAGGGAAAACUUGAUGAUGAUCACGUGUCCCUGUUCCUGGAGGAUGCGAAUCUUUACUUUUUGAGACGUGGAUGGAAAAGGAGAGCCUGGUUUCGCUUUGUUUUGUUGAAUGAAUCUGGCAAAGAGCUCUACAGAUCACCUGACCAAUGCAGUUGCAGAUUGUUCUGCGCUGAGGCCCCAAGCUGGGGUUACUCUAAGAUGUUGCCUCUUACCAAGCUUGAAGAAAAAGGGUUUCUAGAGAAGAACAAACUAACCAUCGAAGUCUACAUCAAUGUAGUUGAAGUUGUUCAUCAUGGAAAAUCAACCGAGUCUGAUACGUUAGAAUUCCAAGGUUUCCAUAUCACUUCUUCUCAAGCUGCUUCAGUGGCGGAUAUGUUUAUAGAGCACCCCGACUUGGCAGUAGAUGUCAAACCAAAGAACCAAGGGGUGAAAACAGCGUACAUGAAUCUCCUCCUCGGCCUCAUCGAGACACUGAGCAAGUCUCCACAGAUGCUAUCUAUGACUGAACUAAGCAAUGCUCAAAGCGAAUUGACUGAGCUUACGGAAUCAGGCUUCAGGCUCGACUGGUUGAAGUCAAAGCUUGAGGAGAUUUCCUUGGAGAGGAAUAAAGCGCUUUCUGAUGGAUCUUGGGUCCAACAUCUCGAGGAACGGGUCAAGAAUCUGGAGUUGCCUUUGUCCAAAUCUGCUAAAGUUUCUCCGUUUGUGUUCAUAGAUUUUCUCGUAAAGAGAUUCUUCUUCUCUUGCUUCUCACUCUCAUAGCAUAGCACUAAACUAUGUUUUACAUAAUUAUAGCUUGACAAGUUCUCAUCAAGAUUAUAAAACUUUGACGACUGUUCUCUGUUU